GUCUGAGCAUUUCCAUCACAGCAACACUCGUCUUCUCCCCUACAAACUACUACAAUCAUCGGUUCAUCACUGUCUCAUACCCAGUGACUCGGUGGGUUCAUUUGGAAGACUCAAAUGAGAAGGGUUACCGUUGCCUCGGUUUUUCUGGUGAUUUCCGUCAUCGUUUUCUACCCUUCCUCUUUUGCGCUCACUCAAGAUGGUCUUGUGUUGUUGGAAAUCAAAAGCGCUUUGAACGAUACUAGGAAUUAUCUCAGCAACUGGCAAGAUUUUGAUGAGUCUCCAUGUACAUGGACCGGUAUCACUUGUUAUCCCGGCGAACAACGAGUUCGCUCAAUAAAUCUGCCCUUCAUGCAACUCGGAGGUAGUAUCUCUCCCAGCAUUGGCAAACUCAGUGGACUACAGAGAUUGGCAUUGCAUCAGAACAGCUUACAUGGAACUAUUCCUCCUGAAAUUACCAAUUGUACUGAGCUAAGAGCAUUGUACCUGAGGGCUAACUAUUUACAAGGUGGCAUACCAUCAAAUAUUGGAAACCUUUCCUAUUUAACCAUAUUGGAUUUAUCCAGCAAUUCUUUGAAGGGUGCUAUACCUUCAUCCAUUGGCCGCCUAACACAUUUGCGACUCUUGAACUUGUCUACCAAUUUCUUUUCUGGUGAAAUCCCUGACAUUGGAGUACUAAGCACCUUUGGAAACAACUCGUUUACAGGAAACUUGGAUCUUUGUGGGAGGCAAGUCAAUAAACCUUGUCGAACGUCGCUUGGCUUCCCUGUGGUGUUACCACAUGCUGCAAGUGAUGAAGCUACAGUUCCUCCUCCCAAAAGAUCUUCACAUUACACGAAGGUGCUGCUAAUUGGUGCCAUGUCAGCGUUGGCCCUUGCACUUGUGAUAAUGGUCUCAUUCCUCUGGACUUGUAUGCUGUCAAAGCAGGAAAGAGCUGCUCGGAGAUACAAAAACAUUAAGAAGCAUUUCGAUCCAGAAUCAAGCACAAAGCUUAUGACCUUCCAUGGGGAUCUGCCAUACCCAUCAUCCACCCUCAUUGAAAAGCUGGACUCUCUUGAUGAAAAGGAUGAAGUAGGGUCUGGAGGGUUGGGUACUGUCUACAGAAUGGUCAUGAAUGAUUCAGCAACAUUUGCGGUUAAGAGGAUGGACAGAAAUCAUGUUGGAUCCGAGCAGGUUUUUGAGAGGAACUUGGAGAUUUUGGGCAGCGUAGCGCACAUAAAUCUAGUGCAUCUGCGUGGUUACUGCAAGAUUCCUUCUUCAAAGUUCCUUAUCUAUGAUUAUUUUGCCGUGGGCAGCUUAGAUUUUCUAUUGCAUGAAAAUGGUGGAGAACAAUUCUUGAAUUGGAGUGCUCGUUUGAAAAUAGCCCUUGGUUCUGCCAGGGGUUUGGCAUAUUUGCACCAUGAAUGCUCUCCAAAAAUUGUGCACAGCAACAUAAAAUCCAGCAACAUCCUGCUUGAUGAAAACUUGGAGCCUCGUGUCUCUGAUUUUGGCCUUUCAAAGCUCUUGGCUGACAAGGAUACCAAUGUUACCACUGUGGUUGCUGGCACUUUUGGCUACAUGGCACCAGAGUAUCUUCAAAAUGGGAGAGCUACAAUGAAGUCAGAUGUGUAUAGUUUUGGAGUAUUAUUGCUAGAACUUGUGACUGGAAAGAGACCAACAGAUACUUACUUUGCGAAGCAGGGACUAAACGUUGUCGGAUGGAUGAACAUGUUGCUGAGAGAGAAGCGGAUGGAGCAAUUGAUUGACAGAAGAUGCUGUAGAGAUGCAGAUGCAGCAAGUGUUGAAGCAAUGAUUGACGUGGCAGCAAGAUGCACAGAAGGUAAUCCAGACGAGCGUCCAUCAAUGAAGCAGGUAUUACAGUUGCUGGAACAAGAAAUUGUUAUGUCUCCUUCCUCAAGUGACUUCUAUGAAUCCCAUUCUGAAUCAUAGUAAAUUUGCAAAGAAGCAAUCGGACUCCAGAUGUUACUACUUAUGUAUAUUUUGUGCUCAGCCCCUUUCUGUGGGGUUUGUGUGUAUUUUUCCAGUGGAAAAUGGUGGAUUUGCCAACCAGAAGAAACUAGUUUGUGGCAGGAGCUUGUAAUAGUUUGGACUUGAAUGUGACUUCCAUUCUUGCUAUGAAAAUUACUGAUUUAUGAGAGGGAAUAUUAUGUUCUAACUUCAUGACGUUGAAAAUAUAGUUGGACCAUUGAAAACCAUGUCUGUUCUUGUAUUAAGAUUGUCAUAUACAUUGAA